AUAUAUUUAUAUAUAUAUGUAUGUGUCCUCGUAACAAUGUAAACCACCCUUUUAUUCAAAGAAAGAGCAUGCUCCAAGUAGACGAGAAAAUCAGAAUGUGUCACAGAAUAAGUUGACAGUUGUAUAGUUUUUUAUUUUAGUAUGAAAUAAAAUAAAGCACAAAAAUAUCACAUGUGCAUUUUAAAAGUUUAAUUAUAACUGAAUCCGUACAAAAACAAAUUAAAAACACGGGAAAAAAAUUGUAAUUUGGCACCCCUAUUUCCAUGUUAAUACCAAUUUACAUACAUAUGUAUGUUAAUGUGUGUGAAAAUAAAUUACUGCUGCUUAAAAGUCCACGCAAUCACUGGUCAACUAUUUUUAUUUUUUUCCAACAAUUAAUAUACUGUUAUUUAGACCACUUAUCAAAAAGACAUAAAUAAAAAAUGAGAGCCUGAGAUAUAUGUAAGAGUACGAUUUAUUUGUAUAACUUGUUAAAGAACACAUAUUUAAUUAAAUUUUCGGAUUAAGAAGUGAUUUUCGUCUUCCUAAAAUAAAUGUACAUGCAUAUGUACACUUUACAAUUGCGUACUCCUCUGUUUGGUCAAUGGUGUUUGUGCAGUGUUUAACGCGAAUAUCACCUAGAAUACUUCAACUUGGUUGCAUAUGUACACAUAUGUACGCAUACGAUCUACAUGCAUAUAAAUACAUUAAAAAUCUGUAUUUCUGAAGACUUUCCUGCCCAAAAUCGAGUUUAUAAAACACCGUCACUAAAGAUCUGACUUUUUAUUUAAAAAAUGCACACAAAUGUCACUUCAGAUCGUGGAGGAGGGGGUGGAUCAUGGAGAUUACCACCAGAUGAAACAUUACAGGUGCAAGAUCCGAAGCAGAAAGAUCAAGACAUAGAUCUGGAUGAAGGACAUAACUGGCGGAGUAUAAUAUUUUCAUUGCUCGUGAUUAGUUUUGUAAUAGCUGGUAUUAUUACUGCAAUAUAUUUAUUGGGAUAUGUGGAUGAACUCUUAUAUUGGUCAGGCCGCAGAAUGAUUUUAGAUGAAUACUUACAAGGAGAAUUGACACCAACUAGAUUACAGCCGUCAUGGGUAACACCUCAAAAGUAUGUAUUUCAAGCUGAUGAUGGAGGGCUUGCCAUUUUGGAUACAACAACGAACUUAAUAAACAUCUUAGUAACAAAUCACACUCUUCGACAAUUGAAUGUACGUGGAUAUCAAUGCUCCCAUGAUCUUAAAUAUGUGUUAUUUAAACAUAAUGUAAAGAAAACUUUUCAGAAGUCGUUUACUGCAUUUUACACAAUUUAUGAUGUUGAAAACGAUCAUCACAUGCCAGUCAAAUUAAAAGACUCAUUGAAGGUUCAAAGAACGCGCCUUCAAUAUGCAGCAUGGCUCGGUAAUACGACAACAAUAAUAUUUGUAGCAGCCAAUGAUAUAUUUUUACGACAAUCCCCAUUAACUGAAGAGGAUAUUAGAAUAACGACAUCAGGAUGUGAAAACAAUAUCUAUAAUGGUGUUCCUGAUUGGCUUUACCAAGAAGAAAUAUUUACGAUUCCGGAAGCCAUUUGGUCGUCCGCUGAUGGAACCCAUUUCGUGUUUGCUUUAUUUAAUGACACACAAGUUGGAAUGAUGACGUAUCCCUGGCUAUCAUCUGGAGCCUUGUUUGCUGGAUCCGGUUUUUCUUCAGGAAGCUAUUUUCCAGAAACCAAAAAUGUUAGGUAUCCAACGCCAGGCACUGUCAAUCCAGAAGUGCAGUUAUGGGUGGUGGACAUUACCAAUUUUGAUUCCAUAGAACAAGUUGAAUUGAGUCCACCACAAUCUCUUAAUGGACAGGACUAUUACCUAACAUCAGCAGGUUGGGUAUCUGAUAGCAACCGCCAGGUGUCUGUGGUCUACAUGGGACGGUCUCAAAAUUAUAGUGUGAUUACAACAUGUUCUAAACUACAAAAUUGGAAUUGUUUAGAAAUUCACUCUGAACGUGCUCCCGAAGAUGAAUGGUUAGAUAUAUUUCCUCACCCGAUUUUUUCGUCGGAUGGCAACAGCUUUUUAUUACUCGCGAGUAUACAAGAGUCUGGGCAUGAUCAUUUUACGCAUAUAAAACAUAUAACAAUAUCGCAACAAAGAAUUUCUGUUAUCUCUCAUGGUCGAUAUGAGGUAAUAAAAAUACUGUGUUGGGAUACAAUAAAUCAUAUAGUAUACUAUUUGGCUACUCAAGAUAAGAAACCGGGUCAAAGACAUUUAUAUACUGUUAAAGAUCCAAUACAUGAUGAUACAAGAAAAACCGAGCCACAAUGUAUUACUUGUGAUUUAGGCGAGGCCCUCUGGAGUAGUCGGUAUUACUAUAUAAACUGUUCACAUUUUGACGCCUUUAUUACGCCGUCACUAGGCGUGGCAACAAGCUAUGGAAUUGAGUUCUACAUUUUGGAAUGCCAAGGUCCUGGACUACCAGUAUCAGGAGUUCACAUGCACAAAACUCACAGUUUAGUCAAAAUUUUAUAUGACACGCGGCCUUUUUACACAGAGAAACUUCAAAAACUCGCAUUACCAAUCCAACGAUCUUUUGAAAUCCCCUUGCCACAUGGAAGCCGAGCUCAGGUUCAAUUACUGCUACCACCCAGCUGGAGAGAAGAGCUACGGGACGCUGCAUUUCCUGUUGUUGUCGAAGUGUAGGCAAUUUGAAAAUUUUAUUUAAGGAAUCGAAUAUAUUUAAAUCUCAUAUAUGUAGAGAUUUUAAGCCUGUAUCGGUAUAGAUGUCAAUCGGCGUUACAGCAUCUCCAGAAAUUUUAUUUUCAAACUCCUGGUUCCAAAUGAUGAAUGGCAGUUAGCAGGCCUUAAAUAUAUAUUUAUUUUUGUA